AAAUUGGUUAAUUAAUUAAACAGAUUUAAUUGGUUAACACUAAAAGGUUAACAGUAUAAGAAUUAUGUUGAGGGUAAUAUUGAGAUGCCAUUGGACAAGGCCCUUGGUCCACACAAACCGUUUGAGGAUAUUCUGGCCAGUUGAAACAGUCUGGAAUGUGAGAGGUAUAUCCACCCUGAUUGACACAAAAUAUGGUGCGCUUGUCUCAAAGGCUGCUGUGGAAACACCAAACACACCGGUGGUGGCCAUACUUGGCUGGAAUGAUGCUAAGAUGAAAAAUCUACAAAAAUAUAGCAAAAUUUUUGAAGAAAAAGAGUGGACAACAGUAUGCCUGCCUGCAACAUCAUUUAAUACUUUUGCUCGGCCAGGCAGUAAAGUGAGGACCAUCAGUAUGCAUAUGGUUGAUGUUUUAAAACAGCUAACAUCUAAAGGAAACCCAGUUUUUCUAUAUUCACUGAGCAGUGGGGGGUGUACUGUGUAUUAUCACAUAGCUAAAGCUUUAACAAUGGAGGGAAGUCCAAAUUUUGAUGCAUUUAAGGUUAUUGGUGCUAUUUUUGAUAGUUGCCCUGUCAAAAAUACAAAGGAAGGUGUUUCUCGUUUGCAGAUUAGCGUCACAGAAAGAGUAAGCAAUCCUGUGGUCAAAAAUUUAAUCUGGUAUGGCGUUUAUUUAGUUAUGCCAUUUGCGAUGGCACUUGAUCCUUUGAUUGGGACAAUAUUUGAUGAAUUAAAAACAUUGACCUUGAAUUGUCCUGAAUUAUAUGUUUAUUCAAAAGCAGACAAGUUGGCACUCUAUCAGGACAUUGAGGACUUUGUACUAGAAAGAAAAUCUCAAGGAGCCACUGUUUUAAGCAAACAAUGGGAUAAUUCACCACAUUGUUCCCAUUACAUGAAGUAUCCUGAAGAAUAUCUUCGAAUUGCUUGAACAAUUUCUUGAUGUCUGUUUGCCGCAUGAGAAUUAAUUUUAAUCAAUUGAAUUUGAUGUAAAUAUUAUAACUUUGCAUUGCUUUAUUUUUGUACCAUAAUUUUUGUA